AUGGCAAGCGCUCAGCCUCUACCGUCUCCUCCCCCCGUAUACCUCCCCUCUUCGCCGCCUCAUUCCCCGACCCGUCAUGACGCUACACCACGAACAACUCCCAAUUAUGCUUUAAACCUGGGUGUGCAACGCAAGCAACUCCCGGCCUCGACGCCGCUGCCUAAAAUUGCUCCGGAAGACCAACCGCCUUCGGUUCCGGUAGUCAGCGUCAAUGGGUAUCUCGAUCAAACACAAUUCCGGCCUGCAACGGUCCAGGAUCCCGAGCAUCAGGCCUCCGCACCACAGCUACCCGAAACGGUCUUUGCCAACUUGUCGCUGGAAGAUAGCCCCAAGAAGAAUUACAAAAAAGACUCCACCGUGGCUCUACCCCCGUCCAACCCCAGGCCCUAUGGACACACCCCAGAAAGCAGUAUUUCGUCAUUCGCCGUAGAUCCUCAUGCCCAGGAUGAUCCCCAGAGUCUCGCAAAAACCAGCGGAUCGUCCUUCGAACGCAAUGCCCCGCUGGGGAGUCAGAACAGCUCUUCCCGUGGCAGUUUAGAUAGUACGGCACAAACCUCGGAUAACUAUGAACCUUUGCAAUACCAUCAUCGGCCCUACCAAAGCUCUCAAGGAGCGGUACGGUCGACACCGGCAUUAGGAUUGACCGAGAAUUCCCCGGGCGCAAAUAAUCACCUGGCCGCCAGACGACCAGCGCGCCCACGUUCAGCAUAUUCUUUUGCAUCCGACCUAGGCGGGGAGGGACGUAACAGUUCCCCACAGGCAUCUCCUUAUCUGCACCCAAGGACGUCAUCGAGAAACUCCGGCUCUCCCGAUGCCCGACCUGUCUCCUUCGUUGACCUGUUGAACACCCCCUACCCCCAGCCAGGUCCGGUACCGGUUCAACUGGGUAACGCUCGCCUUCGCGCCUCGGUCGGGAAUAAUGCAUCGCUCCUGAGCCAUAAGCAAACUUUCGACAUGUACUUGGCAAACGUGAAGAAGGCCGACGAUCCGGCUAUCCAGUACGAAUUUGCGGUCUUCAUGGUGAAUGCGAUGCUUGAAAUGCCAGAGGAUAACAUCGAUGACGGCAAGCUAGCCGUUUACGGUGAGAAAGCUAAUGAUAUUACCAAGUCCAGCCUCCUGAGAGAGGCCAAGUCAAUUUUCCAGCGCUUAGCGGAUCGCAGCUAUCCCUUUGCCCAGUACUACUUGGCCGAUGGCUACGCGUCAGGCUUGUUUAGCAAAGGGAAAGAGGACUAUGAUCGUGCUUUCUCUCUGUUCAUCGCCGCCAGCAAGCACGGCCACGUUGAGGCAUGCUACCGUACCGCCCUUUGCUACGAGUUUGGCUGGGGGACAAGGACGGAUGGCGCCAGGGCGCAACAAUUUUACCGCCAAGCAGCCUCCAAAAACCAUCCCGGUGCCCUGCUUCGUAUGGCAAAAGCGUGUCUUGCCGGCGACAUGGGUCUAGGAAAACGCUACCGCGAAGGUAUUAAAUGGAUGAAGCGCGCGGCGGAGUCGUCCGACGCACAGUACAAUUCUGCCCCCUACGAGCUGGGAUUGUUUCAUGAAUCUGGAUACGGCGAUGACGUUUUCCCUGACCCAGCCUAUGCCGCUCAACUGUUUACCAAGUCCGCCGAUCUAGGCCAUGUGGAGGCCAGCUACCGCCUUGGAGAUGCCUAUGAGCACGGAAAACUCAACUGUCCUCGAGAUCCCGCUCUGAGUAUCCAUUUCUACACUGGGGCCGCACAAGGAGGCCAUCCCUUGGCGAUGAUGGCGCUCUGUGCCUGGUAUCUGGUCGGAGCCGAGCCUGUUUUGGAAAAGGAUGAAAAUGAGGCAUGUGAAUGGGCUAAGCAAGCCGCCGAGCUAGGCUUGGCCAAAGCACAGUAUGCAGUAGGAUACUUUACAGAAAUGGGGAUCGGCUGCCGACGCGAUCCUUUGCAAGCCAACGUCUGGUACGUGAAAGCGGCUGACCAAGGGGAACAACGAGCCAUACAUCGGAUUGCCGCCAUUCGAGCCGCAGCAGACGGCGUCACCCCAGCGCAGGCCGCUGAAAGUAAUGGACGGGGGCAAAAGGCGAACCGUAAGGCUGGUACGUUUUAUGCUUGA